CUGCAGCAAGUAAUGGAGCAUCAACUAUUCGACGACGCCGUCCCGAGCAGCAUGAUCUGGCCGUUAGAGGCAGACAACGGUUUCACCGACGAGCUGCCGUCUUUGCAGUUACCGGACGUGGACCUUGACUUCGACAUCCACGAGUUCUCCGCACCGGCAACGGCACCGGCGAAAGCGGCCUCCUCGGGUGGCUCCGGAUUGGUUGGUUCCGGUUCAGGAUCGCAUAAGAAGCUCAGCCACAACGCGUACGAGCGCGACCGGCGGACGCAGCUCAAUCAGCUCUACUCGACUCUCCGUUCUCUCAUCCCCAACGCAGAUCACACAAAGAAGCUGAGCAUUCCGACGACGGUGUGUCAGGUCCUCGACUACAUACCCAAGCUGCAGAAGCAGGUCGAGGAUCUCAAGAAGAAGAAACAGGAGCUCAGUACAGCCAAAUGCAGAGAAAGACUGCAGCGCGUCAAGGACAACACAUGCCGUAUUGUUUCUGCCACUCCUCUCGAUGGCAACGAAAUCAUGGUCCAGGUUAGCCUGCUGAGCAACAUGGGUGCAAGUCUUCCUCUAUCCAAGUGCAUAAACGUAUUUGAGAACAAAGGGCUUCACCUCAUCAGUUCAUCGACUUUCUCCACCGAGGUCAAUAGAACAUUUUACAGCUUCCACUUUGAGAUGAUGUUUGCUAAAAGACAACAAGAAAAUGUGAAACAUUUUUACAAAAAUCUAGGAUUUUAA